GAGAGCGCACGCGCGGUGCCGCCGGAGCGACCGCACCCCCGCGCGGACGUGAGGCGCGUCAGGGAGGAAUGGGGCCGGCGCGUGGGCGUGGCGGCCCUGGCGCGUGCGCAGUGACGCCGGGGCGGCUGGGCUUGCUGCUGCUGCUGCUCCGCCUGCCCAGCAUACAAACAGAGCCCCGCAAGCAGAGGCCUCGCCGUGCCGCGUCUGCCGCCGCCGCCGCCGCCAUGUCCUCCCCUCAGGACUCGCUUCACCAGCACAACAACAACAACAACCCGCCGCCUGACGGGACGCCCGCCGAGGCAGGCCUCAACAGUGAGUGGGGGCGGGAAGGGGGGGCUUCAUCUCGCCUUCCUGGCUCUCGUCAGGCUCCUCGGCCUGGAAGCGACUUCGCAUCCCCUCAGGUGGCGGAGGGACCACCUCAGCAGCCCCCCCACCAUGCCCUCCUGGAUUGGUCGGCAGCUGGGCCGCGCGAGAGGUGGUUGGCCAAUGGGGGGGGAGCUGGCGGGGCUCAGAGGGGGCGGGGCCUGCGGUGGAACGCUGGUGGGGAGAGGGCGGGGCGGAGGAGGGGGCAGGAAUUUGGGGAGGGGGAGAGGGAGGGGGCGCCGGGAAAGGGGGGUGGGGAGGCCUGGAGCCGAGGAAGGGCACCUGGGGGGGGCAAAGCUUAUUUGCCUAUUUAAUUAGAUUUCGCAUCCCUCAAGGCGGCUGGGAUGCAGCCCUGGCCAAAAAGCCUCGCCAGUUCCAAAACAGCAGCAUGUGCUUUUGUUUACGUGGACCUACACAUUUUCUGCCUCGGAGCUUCCUAGCGUGAUUAACUCCUGCUGAAAAAUAACCACCACAAAAUAUGUAAAACAACGAUCUUAAAAUAUAUACAUAUGUAUUCUUCGUUUUCUACUUAUUAGCUUCUGCUUCGUUUUUGUUUAAUUUAAUUUAAUUUCGUUUUAAUUUAAUAAUUAAGUUUUCUUAUGUUAAGGCACGCUAUUUCACAGCAGUUUUGCUGCCAGUGCUGAGAUAAACUUCAUUUCUUUUUUGAUAAAGUGUGAAAGGGAUUGUGGGGGCCUUUCUUUGUGUCUGCGCCACGCUUCCCUGCCCCCCCCAAGCUAUGAAUGAGUAUUGGUACUUGGCUCCAGACUCCAGUAAAGUGAUGGAUGCCUGGUUGUCUGUCUGAGGUACAGUACUUGGAUCCCUAGCCUCCUUGGAAAUGAAAGGAACUGGGUGUGUGCAACAGCAGUGGAACAGUGAUCAGGAGUAAAGAGGCAGGCUUUUUGAAAGAAGGAAGUUUAGGUGGUCACAGGUAGGAGAAAAAUAAUGGGCUGGAGAUGACUAUGGAUGGAGCUGAUGAGUUAAAUUUUGGAAAUUAAAGGGGGAAGUGGAAAGGAUUGGAGUGUGGGAAGAAUGGAAUAGAUCUUUGUGAGAGAAGGACUUAUUGAAUGGUUUGUUCUUGUUUAUUUACUGUUCUAGACAGAAAGAAUUGGGAGGUUGAUGUUGCAUUCCUAAACAUACCUUGGAAGUAUGGCUCAUUGAAGGCAAAUUGCCUAAACUUGGUUUCAGUAGGGUUUAUAAGUAAGUUUCAAUAGCUGCAGGCAGAUAUGAGUGUGGCAGACGAGUCAGAUGGUAUGCCGUGAGAGAUCUGUGAAUUGGCAUGUUUUGACAGGGUGAGCUAAUUUAGUCGCUGGCUAUCUCAAAUAAUUGGGAUGCUGGGGAACUAGCUAGAGUGUGAGAAUGAGUUUAUUCAGUGGCUGAGUCAAUAUUACUGACGUGUGCUGUUUUUCUCUUAUAUCCGGGGUCUGUCAGCUGGUCCGGUGUAACCUUUUGUUUGUGGAUCAGGAUGGAGGAACAUCCAAAUAGCUUCGGCUUGGAUUUCAUAAUACAGUAGUGAAAUUAUUCUUGAUCGUCUCACAUGCGUGGCGAUUUCAUAUAUAUGAACUAAUGAUUUAAAAGAUGGCUAGCCUGAAAGCAGCAUUCUUCUUCCCUGCCCUCUCCCAGCCCCCAGUAUACCUGACAAGUUAAUCUGAAAGGCAGUUAAUCUGCUCUUCUUAAAACAUAUGCUUUGAAUGAGUCCACUAUCAUGCAUACAAUUAUUCCUUAAUAAGGUUUUUGAGGAUUGUAGUUGAAAUUCUUUGAGACCAUGCAUUAUCAAAGUUCAUUUUAACUUGGACAUGUACAUGUUGUAUUUUGAACUUCACACAAAUAAAAGGUAUUCUCCCAUUUGCUUAGUAUUGUAAACUAUUUUUAAAAUUCUAUUAAAAAUCGUUAAGGCAAAAUUGCACAUAUUCAUGUGAAACAUUUUUAAUCUGCCCUUUAUCAACCAAUGAUGCCAGUGAGGAAAAUAUGAAAACCACAGUGAACAAUUUCAUCAGAAUCAAGUCACAGGGCAGAUAAAGAGACCAUCUGGAUCACUGUUCUUGUUACGACUUGUGCCUGGGUCUAGAAGGAAGGCCACACUGAUAGUUAAAAACAUAAACUCAGAAUUGGUCUCCCCACCCAGAAAAACAGUUUGUCACUCUUUGUUUCAUACAUAGCCAUGAUUCAGCUUUCUCGUUUAAACAACCGGUAUUUUCUAAGAUGUUUCCAAGACAUGAAAUUCAUCUCAUGCUACAAUCUUACUUCUUCAACUGUUAUCCGAACUCCUGGAAUUCAGCCUGAAACUCUUACAGUGCUUUACAAAAGUUCUGUCUGGUUAUUUUUCAGGAAAGUCUUCUGAUGUGGAACACCCAUCCUGCUGCCCCUUAUAUUGUGUUCUAGAGUGUAUUUAUGGUAUAAGCAAGAGAGAUUAGUCUAAUUUGAACUUGGAAAAUCACAAGAAGACAUAGGAGACAAGGUUGUGUCUCAAUAUAUUUUGCUUCAAGCAUCUUCAACACUUGGAAUUAUGCCUCAAAACUUAGGGGUAACUAUUGCAAAUAUAGCAUUUUUGUAGUGUUUGUAGUGGAAUUCAAGAAGCUUGGGCUCUGUUCAGACUUAAUGACCUCAAUCAAAAAAGCCCAGUUUUUUAAAGGGGAUAACUGGUGUGUGCCUAUCUGCCUUGCACCUCAUGCUCAAAUUCUGGUUUGUAGUCUGAGAUUAAACUACAAAUUCUCAGUUUGGAUGUAAUGGGAAACUUUGAUUUAACAAAUCCUAAAGCUCUUCACUUGUGUGAGGGAUGAGGGAGUGCAUGGGCAUGGAACAAUGCUUGUUAUAAUAAACCAUGAUUUAUUAGACUGAGAUUUUUGGUCUGAACUGCACCUUAAUUUUUAGCUUAAUCAAACACCUGUUGUAGUAACACACUUUUGGCCAACUCUCUGACAGUCCUCAUUACUGUCUAUAACAUAGUCAGUGGACAAAAGUGUUUUACAAUCUGUAAUCCCUUCAUCCUCACUGUGAUAGAUCACUGUUGUUCCCAUUUUAUAGUAAGGUAAGGAAAUAAUGCUGUGAGUGUUGUUUUGUUCACUGACGGUGAUGCUGAAAUUCUACAGGUUUCAGAAAGCAGCUAGAAAAAGUUAUACAGUUUGUGUCUUUUAAAAAAUUAGAUCCACAGUUCAUGUGUUUGAUACAUGGUGACUGUUCCUUUAUGAUAAAGAUGCACAUCUGCACUACUUUUGUGUCCCCAUCAUUUGAAAACACAUUAAGGGGGAAAUGAACAAUGGAAAUUGCAGAAGAAUUGAACCCAGAUCACCCAGAUUCAAGUUUGACUCAUGUUAGGCCACAGUGACCACUAGUUAAAAUGGUAUCUUAAGUUUUGCUUCAAAAUACCAUUUAUGUUAUGAUCCUUGGUUUUCUGAUGAUCAGAGCUGAGAAAGUCCUAGGAGAUUUUAGAAAUAUUUUUGAUUAUUUUUUCUGUAAGUAUGUACAAUGGUACCUCGGGUUAAGAACUUAAUUCGUUCUGGAGAUCUGUUCUUAACCUGAAACUGUUCUUAACCUGAAGCACCACUUUAGCUAAUGGGGCCUCCUGCUGCCGCCGCACCGCUGGAGCACAAUUUCUGUUCUCAUCCUGAAGCAAAGUUCUUAACCUGAGGUAAUAUUUCUGGGUUAGCAGAGUCUGUAACCUGAAGCGUAUGUAACCCGAGGUACCACUGUAAUACAAGCCUUGCUAGAUUGAACCAAUGUCCAUCUGUUCCAGCAUUCUGAUUCCCAGUGUGGUUUGACAGAUUCUUCUGGGAAAGUUACAAGCAAGGCAUAUACAGUGGUGCCUCGCAAGACGAAAUUAAUUCGUUCCGCGAGUUUUGUCGUCUUGCGAUUUUUUUCGUCUUGCGAAGCACGGUGUCGGGAAAGUUUUGGAAAAGCUUCAAAAAUCACCAAAGUCUUUAAAAACCUCAAAAAGGCUACCACACCGUGUUCUAUGAGUUGCUCCUCGAAGUCAAGUCGCAACCGUAUUAACGGUGUUAAGAAAAGGAAACAAACUUGCAAGACGUUUCCGUCUUGCGAAGCAAGCCCAUAGGGAAAAUCGUCUUGCGAAGCAGCUCAAAAAACAAAAAACCCUUUCGUCUUGCGAGUUUUUUGUCUUGCGAGGCAUUCGUCUUGCGAGGUACCACCGUAUGCAAAAAUAUUUACUGGCUCUAGCACCUGAUAUUUAGAAGUAUCCUAUAUGCUGGGUAGCUCCAUGUUACGAUCAUGUCUUGCCCACCUGCUGCCAGAGCGGGGUUUCCUUGGGGUGGCACUGGCAGCAGCAGGUGCCUCCGGAGGGCUUGGGGAGCAGCAGCGGUUGCACAAUGUGAGUGCUGACAGUUGGCAGCUUUUUGGUGCCUUUUGCUGCAGUGCAAGGGGGAGUGUGGCUCUUGCAUGCACUCGCAGCAGUGAGCAUACUCAGUCUGUUGCUGGGAGGGGAGGCAAUUGUCCUCCUGUGCCCAGUGAUGUCAGUGCCAGCAGCGGGCAGCCUUGAGUCUCAGGCCAAGAAUGGCAGCCAGACGUUUGGAGCUGUUUGCAAAAAGAGAAUCUUCAGGCACAAAAUGCACCUGGUGGCCAGCUAAUUUCAAGACCAGACUUCAGUGUCAAAUGCACUUGCUUAGUGUUAGCUACACAGUUGAUACCUGAACACUGCAGUGGUUAUCUGUUCAAAAAGUACAGGUUGAACAUUUUGUCCUUGCUCUACACUUGAGGCAGCAAAAUAUAUUCUUUCUUGAAAGAGUCAGGAUGUGUGUGCUUGUUUUAAGUCCUGUCAAUCCAGACUGUGUCAAAUUUUCCCAGAUGUAGAAGUCCUUUUGAACAAGAUUCAUCUGAUCAUAGGGAAGGAACAGGAUACUGGUAAAAUUGUGCAGAAGGACUUCAAAAGCAAAUGAUGCAUACAUCUGUUCCAUCAGCUCCAAGCGUAGACAUAGAAGAUACAGUGGCAAUUUCUGUCAGCAGGAGUUCCUUUCAUUUCCAGUGCACACUGCUCAUAGACACACUCAUUGAAGACACAGCAUCAACAUCUCGCAACAUGACUGAUCACACAAGUUAACAAAUAUUAGCAGUUAUUUACAUGUGGCUGGUUCAUAAUGUGUGAAUUUACUUUUAAGAAAUAGUUCAUAAUGUUGCUCUGCUGAUAAAUGGAGAAGUAUUAUUUGGUGUCUGUGGAUGUCUUCUUUCUGGUUAUCUAAAUUUGGCAUGACUGCAUAUUUCUGCAAGUGAGUGAUAAACCUUAUGCUGUGUUUUAGUUUCAUGGUUUCUGAUGAAACAUCUGUUGUUCAACAGGCUCCUGGGUAGAGUUGCAGAUGAACGGCAAUGGCAACGAUAAUGGAAAUGCGAAAAAUGGUGGUCUGGAACACGUUCCUUCUUCAUCUUCCAUCCACAAUGGAGACAUGGAAAAGAUACUUCUAGAUGCCCAGCAUGAGUCUGGACAGAGCAGUUCAAGAGGUAGUUCUCACUGUGACAGGUAGGAAUUCAAGCUCUGUCAACUUCACUGCAAUAGAUACAUUUUUCUUGAACCAAGUGCUGCCAGUUCAGUUCCUAGCCUGAAUAUAAAUUGAAUGUUUUUUAUUCUUCUUUACCUCCUAUAUACAUUUAUUUUUGAACAAAUAGUCUUUCGCUACUAUGAAUCUAUGGGCUGCAAUUCAAAUACUGUUAAAUAAUCCUAUUGACUUCUGGAGGCUUCAGUCUUCAAUUACUUAGAUUUAUUUCUGAAUGACUGGAAAAGUUGCAUGUACCUGGGUGCUGUCCUUGCACAUCCACAUUUGAAUAUCAACUUAAAGUUUUUGAGGGUUUUUAAUAAAAAAGUAGAAUAUUUUUCAAUCUUCUUAACUAGAAACUGGCUGUAAGCCAUGUUGGUCAUCUUGAGGCAGGUUCUUUGUGUUCAGCCACCUCUAUGCCCCAAAUCACCCUCAUCCCCUUGUGCAAAUCUACAGGUACGAGUAAAUAGGCUAACCCAAGUUAAAGAUGACUGUCUUUGUAGUUUCAAGGAGUGUUUAAAGCCUACUAAGUAACAGGUAAUAGGGAAUGGCAACCCCGCCCCCAAAAUUAUUUGUCAAUCUGACCUAGAGGAACAUUUUCUUGUUUCCAAAUACGGUGCAAAACACAACUCACCCAUCAAAUCUCUCAAAUAGUCUUGGCAAUCUAGCAGAAGUCUAUUCCAUGCAGUAUCUCUUCAUGGCAUCUUUGUAAUUAUUAUUGUAAAUAAAAAUGUCCUGUUGUAAUUGCUUUCUCUGUCCUUUUUCCUGUUAACCCUUGGGCAUGGGUUUACUUUUUCUGAUAAUGUUAAAACACCCUUCUAUUUUACAGUACAGUGGUACCUCGGGUUAAGUACUUAAUUCGUUCUGGAGGUCCCUUAUUAACCUGAAACUGUUCUUAACCUGAAGCACCACUUUAGCUAAUGGGGCCUCCCGCUGCCGCCGUGCUGCUGGAGCACGAUUUCUGUCCUCAUCCUGAAGCAAAGUUCUUAACCUGAGGUACUAUUUCUGGGUUAGCGGAGUCUGUAACCUGAAGCGUAUGUAACCCGAGGUACCACUAUAAUAAAAUUUUAGAAAAAAAUAGAAGUGUGUUCUGAAGAAGUCAUAGGUCCCACUAUUAUCAUCCUUAGGGUCUACUAUUGGUCCUAAAUGGUCCUACUAUUGUAUUUAAUUUACUACUAGUUGAUUACAUUAAUCAAUUUAAAGAUGACCAAAGAAAUUCUUCUAUUUGAGUCUGUGUCAAACCUUCCUUGGAGGUUUUUAAGCAGAGGUUGGAUGGCCAUCUGCCAAGGAUGCUUUAGCUGGGAUUCCUGCAUUGCAGGGGGUUGGACUAGAUGACCCUUGGGUCCCUUCCAACUCCAUGAUUCUUUGAUACAACAGAGUAGUUGUUCUUUUGCUAGGGAAGACGAACUGACUGGCUUCUGAAUUUCAGAAAUGGGUGUGGCCCUACUUUCUCACUGGAAGUGAAUGGUUAGGGGGAUAGGCACCAACUACUCUAAUAAAAGGAAGAGAGGAUAUGAACAGACCUAGGUGGUCUCUGGGCAGCAAUGUAAACUGUUUUGCUUUUGCUUUGUUGUUACCAGCCUUCAACAUAUGCAUAGAGUUUUGAGUUUUUGCCACUGAGGAAGCACAAGAAAUCAAGUUCUUUGAAUUUUUAAAUUCUGAGUUAGAAUCCAGCAUACAUGCAAGUGAUUUUUUUACAGUCAUUUGUCCUAAUUUCAAAUGUACUAACAUUUUCUUAAUGGGAUUUGCAGUACAGAAAUAAAUCUAAUGGCGUUCAGUCUUAGUUAUAUAGUAUUGCACCCUUCAAUUGCAGUAGUCUGAUACAUGCAUUGGAAGCCAGCAGACACACUGGCAACCAUGUUCUUUCUGCAUUUUAGUUAAUAUUUGUCUGCCUUAAGUGAGUUUUUUGUUUAUCCAAGUACCUCAGGGUUGUAAAAUCUUGUAGGACCAAGCUAGUAAGAUCUUGUGCUACUUUAUCCAAGACCUGCAUGGUUGUUUUACGCUGUUCCAGAAAUGGAGCUGCUCUCAGCAGCUUUUUCUGCCCUGUCCUCAAUCUAUAUGUUCCCUGGAUCUCCUGGUGUUACCUGGCCCUAUACAGUACUACACAGGUUACAUUCAGUACUUCUAAGUGCAGAUAAUUAUUAUAAUUAAGUUCCAUAACAUUAGUAAUUGUACCCUUUUAUUCUAGCCCUUCUCCUCAAGAAGAUGGACAGAUAAUGUUUGAUGUGGAGAUGCACACUAGUAAAGACAAUAGUUCUCAGGUACUUUUUCUAUCCAUAUGAUACUGUUUGAGGUGAAGAUGUUAAGUCUACCUGAAAGAGCAGUUUAAGUUAAAACAUGUAACCAUAUUUUCUACUGAGAACUGAAGUAAGAGCAGCAUGCUUUUAAGUGGAUUAGUAAGCAGAAUUUUAAAUUGUUUUCUAGCAAUGAAUCUUCAUUUGCUUUAACCUUUAAAAAUGGAAUAAUCUGCAUUUCUCGGUUUUGAGUUGUUGAAAACACACUUCUGUUAUGCAUUCAGUGUGUAGUUUAUAAAUAAAUCCUUAGGCUUAAUGUUUUUUGUCCUGUCAGUGGCCUUGACCUUGUCAAUGGCUCAGCACCUGAGAUAUACUGCAUCAUAUAAUUUAAAGCAUUGAGUAAAACAGUGGCAUGGAACCUUUGGCCCAUGGACUUAAUUAGGCCUGGAAAGAGUUCUAAUUUGGCCCAUUAGGAUGUUUUCUCCAAUCCACAUUCACUAGCUUUACACCUGGCAUCGUUUAUGAUGUCAGGUGUGGGCUCCGACAAAGGAAAGUACUUCACUUAACAUCUGGCAAGUGGCAGGUUGAGACUCCCUCUCUUGGUCAAAAGGGCUUGCAAGGGGACGGGGGCAGAAUGUGACCUCCAGUUGAAUCCCGUUCCCCACACCUGCUGUAAAUAAAAAUGUUUAUUUUGAAACCUUGAUUGCAAUUAGGAUUUUAGAAAACGAAUUUUGAUCUCACCUGAGAGUUUCAAGUGUUGGAGAGUUUGUUGUGGCAAGUUGCCAAAAGGCUUUUAUGUAUGUAAUUAUACUCUCAGGGAGACCUAGUCAUUAAAUUGCAUUGAAGUGAUAGCUAGGAUUUCAGGGUAUUUAUCAAUAGUAAGGUUGCCUUUAAUUUCAGACAGUGCUCAGUCUUCAAGCCUAUUAUAAAUAUUACAGUAUAUCAUAGUUAUUCUUCCUUAAACACUUCCUUUUAUAAACAUCUUUAGAUAAAUGCUGGCCUUGAGCAUUGUGAGAAAGCUUUGUUUUUGAUAUUGUUGUUAUUUUACUUACACACCUUUCACCAAAAGUUUCCAGGGUUGGUAACAACAAUAUAAAAAUCAGUUUAAACAGUUUAUAAUUGGAAGAAUUGGUGAGUCCCUCUCUGUCUCUCUCUCUCUAUAUAUAUAUAUAUAUGCUAUCAAAGGCAGUAGUGUUUGUGUGUACACACACACACACAGAGAGAGAGAGAGAGCGCAUAUGAUGGAAGCUAAACAAUGAAGGUGCCAGAUACAGGUCUGUGAGAAAGGAGUUCCCCAACUUACGUGCUGCUAGAGAGGAUACCCUCUAAAUAAGUGAUAAGAACUGAUGCAAAUUAAAUCAGUUUUAGUUGUUCUCACUUAAGUACAUGGGUUGGAUAAGAGGGUCAGAACUACUAAUCUUUUGCACAUCUCCCUAUCAGUUCUGGGCAGUAACUACCGCAAGGAGCAGUUGAGUUAUUAAGUUGCAAAUAACACAAAAUGCCUAUUGACAUAAACAUAAGCAAAUAUAUUUUCUAUUUAAGAUAAAACCAAAGAGAAAAUAAAUCCUUGAAACAUCAUGGAAUUACACUUAAUUUUACCUUACUUAAAUUUGUGAAGUUGCUCCCUGUUUAUUUUCAGUCUGAAGAGGAAACAUUAGAAGGGGAGAAGGAGGUGGACAUUUUGAAGAAAAGUGUUGAUUGGGUAUCGGACUGGUCAAGUAGACCUGAAAAUAUUCCUCCCAAGUGAGUUGAAAUCUUUACUAAUCAAUGGCCCUUUGCUUAGAAGGAAAUAUUGUUGUAUCAGAAUAUAAAGCUUUGUGGUGGUGCAGUUUUUAAGGGAUUACUGUAAGAAGUGCUCUCAAGGCUUUUAGCAAAAAUAGUUAAAUUCUGUACCUUGUAUUUUUUUCUGGGAAAUAUGGAAAACAGUCCUGCUUGCUCCCCACCACCCUAGUCUACUUGUGCUGCAGCACUCUUCAUAGGAUGCAGACAUAAAUAUGAAAAGGAUCUAGGGGCCUUAGUAGACCACACCUAGAGUACUGUUUCCAGUUCUGGGCAACACAGUUUAAGAAGGAUAUUGACAAGCUGGAAUGUGUGCAGAGGAGGGUGACCAAGAGGCUCAAGGGUCUGGAAACCAAGCCUGAUGAGGAAUGGUCGAGGGAGUGGUGCCCUUCCUGUGGAACGCCCUCCCAUCAGAUGUCAAGGAGGGAGAAGAACCACACAACUUUUAGAAGACAUAUGAAGGCAGCCCUGUUUGGGUAGUUUAGUUUUUAAUAUGUGACUUUUACUAUGUUUUUAUAUGUACUGGAAGGCAUCCAGCGUGGUUGGGGAAACCCAGCCAGAUGGGUGGGGUAAUAAUAAUAAUCAUCAUCUUAUCUGUAAUGGUAAAAUAAUACUGAUUUGUGUCUCAUGAAUGGUAAGCUGCGUGGGGAUUUUAAAUGCGGUAUCCCUAGUGCAUAUAUUAAAAGUAGGAGAUAGAUAACAAUAUCUCUCUACCUGAAAAAGGAAUGUUAUUUCGGGCCUCCCCAUCUCUUCAGCUACUGCUCCCAUGUCUUCUGAAUCGGAGUGAGAUGUCUUUCCCUGAAGCUUCCCAACUCUUAGAUUUUGAGAUUGCUCUCUGUUGUGCUUUUUCAAAUGUGUCCAGUUCAGUGCAUUCUAUGAGAUGCAAUCCAUUUCUUCUUUUUUGAAGGGAAUUUCACUUCAGACAUCCUAAACGAGCUGUUUCGUUAAGCAUGAGGAAGAGUGGAGCCAUGAAGAAAGGUGGCAUUUUCUCAGCUGAGUUUCUUAAGGUUUUCAUUCCAUCUCUGUUCAUAUCUCAUGUUUUGGCUUUGGGACUAGGGUAAGUACUAGCACCUAUAUUUAGGUUUUAUCCGCAUUGGAUUAGAAAGUAUAUUUAUAUGGGGGAAUUUACUCAACAAUUGCUUUGGGAUGUUUUAAGGGAAGUGAUGCAUAUAAUUUACUACAACUAUUUAAAUUUAUAUCCUACCCUUCCUCCCAAAGGAGCCCAGGGUGACAAACACACAAACAAUAAAACAAAACGUCUCAGAACAAUUCCAAUGCUGAUGCAAACUGAGUGAAUAAACUCUUGGAGAGUUGUACACUUUAAUUACUUUCAGCAGUUUUGAGGGUAACCCAGUGGAGAUUCCAUUGUAUUUGGAGAAAGAAUAAAAAUAAUUUUUCAUACCAAGGAGAACCCUGUGAAGCAAUACAAGGUGUUCAUUUCAUCAGCCAGAUCAGAAGAGAAGAAUGUUAUAGAAGUAAACUCGGUGACUGGAAAGCAGGGGGAACCCUCAGAUAUUUCACAUAACAUUCUGUUGUGUGAGUAGCUACUAUCUUUUUGAAAAGUGCUUUGAGGGUGUUUUUUUUACAUUCAAGUGGUGCACAAAUUUUAUGAAAUAAAUAAAUAAAUAACUUUAAUCCUGGGAAGAAUCAACUAUAGAUGAUAACAAUAUGCUUUCUUUACAAGAUGUGUUCAUUCCAGUCUGAUGAGUUGUGUGAAUUAGUAUUAAACAACAUUAACAUAUUUGUAUGAUUGGUGGAUGUUAGUCUUAUUACUUUAGCUGAGCAAAACCUUAAGCGUAAUGAGAAUUUCUAAGGCAACAUACUUUGCUUUGUGCUUCCUUUCAGUAUCUACAUUGGAAAACGACUGACCACACCUUCAGCUAGCACUUAUUGAAAGAAGUGGUGCACAAACCCUGGAAAUCCUUGUAAUCUGUGAAGGUGUUAUUGUCACAUUUGUACAUCUUGAACUUGAGACAACUUUAAGCAUGACCCCUCCCAGCCUCCACCUUGUUUUUGCAUAUCCAGGUUCCAGUAACUCUUGAAAUUCAGUAUUGUAUUGGAACUCUGUGGAGGUGUCUCAAUAGUCUCUUCCCUUUCCCUAGCCUUCCUCCACAUCCUGCAAGACACAUCAGAGUUGCCUAACAGAGUUUACAAUUGCCUAUACGUUGCAAGGGCUUCUUUCAGUGCAAAAUGCCACCAGCAAAUUAUAAUUUUAUCAGUGAUGGUGUUGCCUCCUCUACUACAACAAGAAAUAAUCUGCACAGUGCAUGCAUGAUUAAAUUGUUGGGUAUAAGAACCUCCAGUCUGUAAAAGACUCAUAAUUAACUGAAGUUGGUUGUAAAAACAAACAAAAUCAUUGGCAGUUUUGUUCUAAAGUGUAUCUUAUUUUACAAUUCUCUUGCCUAAUGUUUUUAGCUUUUGGGAGGCAAAAGCUCACAAAAAUCAAAGCAGGAUAAAAAUUGAUUAAUCAGCAACUUUUAAUACUGAGUAAUACUUGUCUUUUCUAUGAAGUAGUGAAUUAAUUUCUGGUAGGAAGAAACCUGUCCAGCAUCUAGAAAUUGUUUUUAGAAAGAACUGCAUUAUUUGCAUGUGAAGAAGCUUUUAGUAUUCCUUAGCAUUUUACUUAACAAAAGGUUUCCUUUUAAAAGUAGUUUAACUUGAAGUAUUUUUGAAGUAUCUAGACUCCAUGUAAAAGGAGAUUUUACUUGUUUUGGAACCACUUGCAAAUUUACAAAUAGAUGAUUGUUUCAGUAGCUACUUGAGGCAUACUUCCUGGAAAUAGUCUUGCAGUUGUGUAAAACACAAUUUAUGAAGCUCUGAGCUGUCUUCUGUGGUUGAGUUUCAUUACUCCCAUUUUCCAUGGUUUAUUGUUGAAUGUCCCUUGGCAAUACCUGAAAUCCUAAGGUCCUUAGUGAUAUCUUGUAUAGCUAGAUGGGAAUCUUGCUCAUGGGAACACUCAGCCUUUUCCUCCUUCAGAUACACUUUUUUUUCCAAAAUGUGAAGCUUAGUUCCAAAUGGUUUCAACACAUGUGGGCAGACAAAUGCCCCUCAGUAGAUUUGUAUUGGAUUUUGGAACAUGUAGCAUGAUUCUGAAGGAUAGAAUGCUUUGUUUUGUAUCUAUAGAAUAUGAUAUGAAUGAUGAACUUCAAUACUGCAUAUUUAGGGAACCAUUACUAAUUUUAAAACUAGUGAAAUUCCAUUGAAAUAGAAUGUAUUAGAUUGGCAGCAAAAACGCCCAAAAUAUAAGUUGGUAAACCUUUGGAAACAGGUACUCUGUUUUUCUCUUUGCAUCAGAUCUCCAAGUAGGCAGUGUAAGCAUGGUGGCCGAUGCCAGCGAAAAUAGUCAUGAAGCAGAGUGAAUAAGCAUGAAAUCCAUUUCUAAAGUAUAUUUGUUUCAGUCUUUGUUUCUGUAACACAACAUGCUUAUUUUAUUUUUAUUUUUUACUAUUCUGUGGUAACAUCUGGGUUUCCCUUUGCCCCCUUAGGCUUUGAAUGAUAGCACUUGUAUUACUUGCAACUGUGUAUUUAUUUCCUGUGUGGAUAUGGGGAUAUUUUUGAAGUGAUGAAACAUAGUAAGGAGUUUAAAACAAUAACAUCAAACUGACAAACCUAGCUAGGGUUAAAAGUCUGACAGUACUUUCAGCUUUGAUUAUUGUACCCUGUUUUGUAACACAAUUGCAACAUGGCAUAAUGUAUAUUAAAUUGGGACCAUGUUUGUUUUAAAACAAAAUAAAGCUUCGCUCCUUUCCAGAUUACAUGAUAAUUAAUCUGCAGAACGCUGUGUGAUAAAUUAUCAUAUCUAUAUUUUGGGACUUCUGUACUAUUACUCAAGCAGCUAUGAGAUUGAAAUUGCUGGUGGAGAAAUACCAUUGGCGUUUUAAUAUCUGAUCACUAUUGGGCUGUUGUCAUGUAAUGAUACAAAGCAGUAUUUAUUGAUAUGCAACUACAAGCCUGAAAGACCAUGACUUUUUGUUGUUCUAUGGAAUGGACCAGAUUAUUAUUAAUUUGAAAAGUGGUAGUAACUAUAAAGCUUUGCUAAUUUAAAUAUUGUUAAAUAGCUUUAUACUUGUUUACAGUUGGGGGAACUGCAGGCCUUGUUAUUCUAAUGAUCAGUGAAAAAACCGGGCUUGAAAUAUUUGUACAUAGGAUCAAGCAGAAAUGCAUAAACUCGCACAUUAAAGAAAAUGCAGAGGGCUGAACUGCAACACUAAGAAAACAAUACACCUACUUACUGUUCCUUUUUUAAAGUGAAGACUUAAACUUUGGAAAUAACUUUUAAAAAAAGACACAUCACUGAAAUAAUUGGAGUUAACUGAGCCAAAGUAAUGCAUUCUUCAUAUUUAGUUAGCACUUUGUAACAUUAUUAUACAGUUUACAGUACAUGUAUAAGUUGUAGCGAUAAGCAUUUUGUGCCAUUAAAGCUGUCACAAAACUGA